UGAUAGAAAGUCUGUUCCAAAAAAUGUGAGGUUAAAUAUAAUAAAUAACAUAUUGUUAUUAAUUGCAAAUAAGAACUAUGAACACAUUGGGCUUAAGCAUGCUUUUAAAGAUGGGUUGCAUCUGUACUAGGGAGACGGUGGACAUAAAUGGUGUAAAAUACGUUAUCAAAGAGAGACUCGGCGAAGGAGGAUUUUCGUGCGUGGACUUGGUAGAAAACACGUCGACCAAGAAGAAAUACGCUUUGAAACGCAUAACUUGCCACGGCAUAGAGGAUCAAAAGAUAACAAUUGAAGAGAUUGGUUACCACAAAAAGCUCAGACAUCCGAACAUAAUUGAACUGAUUGAUUCUGUUAUCAAAGGUUCGGCGGAUAUAGUUGUCCAAACGACGUCAGAAGCGUUCCUUGUGCUUCCUUAUUAUCCCAGGGGCACACUGCAUGAUUACUUGACUAUCAGGUCAUUUUCUAAAAAGUUUUUGGAGGUUAGGGACAUUGUGAGGCUGUUUUUAGAGAUUUCCGACGCAGUAAGGUAUAUGCACAGCUACAUUCCGGAGCCGAUAGCUCACAGGGACCUGAAAACCGGCAAUGUUUGCCUGACGGAUAAUAUGGACCCUAUUUUAAUGGAUUUAGGAUCGUGCGCCCCGGCCAAAGUGCAAAUAUGUGGGGCGCAGGAUGCUCAAAAGUUACAGGAUGUUGCUUCCGAAAGGUGCUCAAUGACAUAUAGGGCUCCAGAGCUAUUUCAUGUUGAGAGCUAUUGUGUAAUUGAUCAGAGGACAGAUAUUUGGAGUCUGGGUUGUAUACUUUAUGCCUUGCUGUAUUUUAAAUCUCCAUAUGAUGUAGUUUAUGAGAGGGGUGAUUCUGUGAACCUCGCUGUAAUAUCGGGGGUUAUUCAUUUUCCGGAAGACUCGCCGUUUGAUAAGAACCUGCAUGAUCUGAUCCUUUUUAUAUUGAAAUCGAACCCCACGGAGAGGCCUUUCAUAGAUGACGUCAUAGCUAAAGUCACCGAGUUUCAAAGAAAAGUCGAGAACGCCGUGUAAAUUCGGGUCAAUAUACUUUUAAAAUAUUUUUUUUUUUGUACCAUUGUAAAUAAGUCACCCUUUUUGGAAUUUUUAUAUUGUUAGAUUGCAAGUUUCUUGCAUAUGCUGUCGCCUUUACACCGACAUUUGCAUAUUACAGUGACGCUGC